UACUUUCAUUAAACAAAUAUCGAAGUCGUAAACAAAUCAAGUCUCCAUCUUCCUUGCUUCACUCACAAAUUAAACUUUUUUUUAUUUAAUUAGCUUGAGAUCGAUGGCAGGAAUGAGGUUUUCGCCUGAAGAUUCGUCGGAAGCAAACCAGCAUCUUUCGGCGCCGCAUCAGCAACUGUUUCAGACCGGUCGAGAAGGGGCGUCCGACGAUGACAGGUCGGUGGCUGCGGAUUCAUGGUCUAUUAAGAGCGAUUACGGAAGCACACUUGAUGAUGAGCAGCGCCACGCUGAUGCCGCCGAAGCCCUCUCCUCCGCCGCCAACUUCCGUCCCGCUUCUGACUACAGUUCCGACAAGGAUGAACCAGAUGCGGAUGCGAUGACAUCAAUGCUUGGUCUUCAGAGUUACUGGGAUGCUGCAUAUCUCGAUGAGCUUGCAAAUUUUCGUGAACAUGGCCACGUCGGUGAAAUUUGGUUUGGAACCGAUGUCAUGGAUACUGUUAUUUCUUGGACCAAAAGCUUGUGUAUUGAUGUUUCCCAAGGUCACAUCCUGAAUCAUGUUGGAGAGGCCAAGUCUCAGCCUGCUGAGCAGGAUGAUAAGCAUUUGUCUUCCUGGAGUGUACUUGACAUUGGCACGGGAAAUGGUCUGCUCCUUCAGGAACUUUCUAAGCAAGGGUUCGCAGAUUUAACUGGAACUGAUUAUAGUGAAGGGGCAGUUGACCUUGCUCGAAGCCUUGCAGAUCGAGAUGGAUUUUUAAACAUUAAGUUCCUGGUUGAUGAUAUUCUUGAGACAAAGUUGGAUAGACAGUUUCAACUUGUCAUGGAUAAGGGGACUCUUGAUGCCAUUGGGUUGCAUCCUGAUGGACCUAUCAAAAGGAUGAUGUAUUGGGAUUCAGUUUCAAAGUUGUUGGCCCCUGGUGGAAUAUUAGUGAUUACAUCUUGCAACAAUACGAAAGAUGAAUUGGUGCAAGAGGUGGAAAAUUUCAAUCAAGGGAACAUUGCAACACCCCAAGAGCCAAAUACAGUCAAGGACCAAGAAACACAGAACGACCACCCCCAGUUUCGAUAUCUGAAUCAUGUUCGGACUUAUCCAACAUUCAUGUUUGGUGGAUGUGUGGGAUCACGUGUUGCCACCGUUGCAUUUCAAAGGAACUAAAAUUGAAGGAUGGAGUCUUUUUUCAUGAACCGACUACACGUUGAUUUGUCGUGGUUAAAAGCGGUUAAGGAUCAUGUAUACACAUUGGUGCUGAAUAGAUAUUGACAUUCGAAACUUAAAUUUAUCGGAUUCUUCUCUAUGUUUCUUUCAA